AAGAGCGAGAUUCGAUGAGAAGUUAAAAAAUGGAGGAAGGUGUGUUUAGUAGAUUGAAUAGUUGGUUUUGGAGUGAAGAUGUUUGGCUACCUAAAAAUAUGACAUGGGAAAUUAUAAGACGGCAGGAAAGAGCUGUAUAUGCCCAGUUUAGUGAAUUAUACAACAGUUUGCUUGUAGCUAUUGUUCUUUUAUUUGUACGUUAUGUACUAGAAAGGAUACUGUUUACACCAAUAGGAGUAUACUUUGGUUUGAAGGCAACAAGACCUAAGAAAGCACCAGAGAAUCCUGUCCUGGAAAAAGCUUUUAAAGCAAAUGGCCGAAUACCUUACAAACAGAUACAAGGUCUGGCAAAGCAGCUGGACUGGUCUGGAAGAAAGGUGGAGAGAUGGUUGAGACAACGAACAAUUCAAGAAAAACCACUAACAAUCACAAAGUUCACAGAGAGUUUGUGGAGGUUUACUUUUUACCUUUCAGCGUUUUUGUACGGGUUGUUUACUCUCUUUAGUAAACCUUGGUUGUGGGACACUCGGCAUUGCUGGUAUGAUUACCCACAUCAGUCAGUAACCAGUGAUAUGUGGUGGUAUUACAUGGUAGAGUUAGGUUUCUACUGGUCUCUCACAUUUUCUCAGUUCAUGGACAUUAAAAGAAAGGAUUUUCUGCAAAUGUUUCUGCAUCACAUCAUCACCAUUUCAUUGCUGAGUUUUUCUUGGGCCUGUAACUUCUGGAGAAUAGGUACUUUAGUCAUGCUUAUCCAUGACUUUGCAGACAUUCCUCUGGAGGUUACUAAAAUGUGUAAGUACUUAAAGAAGCAGAACUUGGCAGACAUAUCAUUCAUAAUCUUCACUCUCGCCUGGAUUGUUUCACGACUAGGACUUUUCCCUUGUAGAAUAAUCUACAGUACAAUGUAUGAAGCCAUCAUCAUUCUGGACUUUUUUCCAGUAUAUUACAUCUUUAACUCACUGCUUCUAGCACUUCAGUGUCUCCACAUUGUGUGGACCUGGAUCAUUGUCCGUAUCGCCAUCCAGGCUAUUAGAAAGGGAGUGAAAGAUCUACGAAGUGACGACAGUAGUAAUGCAGAUAGUAGCAGCUGUAGUGAUGAAAACAUUUCGAACAAAACUAGAAAAAGUCGCCAGUCCUGAGAAUAGUAACUCGCUCGGAAAUCUUGUCAUCACCAUCAUCGUCACGUUAAGCAUCAUCAGUCACUGUUACGGCAUUCCAAGCAGUCCUUGAAAUACGAAGUUUUUUGUUAAUGUGUAUUUCAUGAUUAUAAAUCUGUGCGUAAUUAGUGGAUUCACUGCAGGGCUCAUAAUUAUCAUUUUGAUUUUUGUUGUGACCAAAACGAUAGAGGAAUUGUUUUUGAUGCCAUUAUAAUGAUGUUAUAAAUCUAUGUAUUUGCUAUAUCAACUUUCAAGUUAAAAAUAUGUAACAAUUAAAAACAUAUUUAAUAAGCUACUUAAAAUAUUCUUUAUUAACCCCAUGUGCACAUUUUGGGGUCAAAGCGUGCAUGCCCCAUCCAUUUACGGUGUCAUUCAACAGUGCGUUUGAUAUCAGAAUUAUCAACUAUUCAUUGUUGAGUUAGUUACAGAAAUACAGAAAAAAAAAAAAAA